UUAUAAGACAUUUUGGGGCAACUGACUGCGGUGUCAGUCAGUCGAUCGCUGAUGCGACCGCUUCUUCCAAAAAAAGGAGACAAACUUUUGAAAGCAGUACGACUGAGAAAUUAACCAGCCAGCCGGACAUAAAGUCAUUGAUUUGAGCGAACCCGUAAGAGUGCAAGUUCUCUGUGUGGUGGUCGAAAAGCUUAAGAAGUGGACCCAAAUCAGCUGAACCAGUGGUUAAUAAAAGGCUACUUGUCACUUGGGCGGCAGCCAUGUCGGGCUCCUACGACGACUCCAUGAUCGACGUGUCCAGCGACAGCUUCUGGGAGGUGGGCAACUACAAGCGCACGGUGAAGCGCGUGGACGACGGCAACCGGCUCUGCAACGACCUCAUGAGCUGCAUCCACGAGCGGGCGCGCAUCGAGAAGUCGUACGCACAGCAGCUGACCGAGUGGGGCAAGCGCUGGAGGCAGCUCAUAGAAAAAGGCCCCCAGUACGGCAUGCUGGAGCGGGCGUGGUCAUCGCUGUGCACGGAGGCGGAGAAGGUGAGCGAGCUGCACAUGGAGGUGAAGGCGGCGCUGAUGGGCGAAGACUACGAGAAGCUGAAGAACUGGCAGCGCGACGCCUACCACAAGCAGAUGAUCGGCGGCUUCAAGGAGACCAAGGAGGCCGACGACGGCUUCCGCAAGGCGCAGAAGCCCUGGGCCAAGAAGCUCAAAGAGGUGGAGACCAUGAAGAAGUUGUACCAUUCCGCCUGCAAGGAGGAGAAGCUGGCGGCCAGCCGGGAGACCAACAGCAAGCUGGAGAGCAACAACAAUCCCGAAGUGCAGAAGAAGCUCCAGGAGAAGGUGGAGAAGUGCCAGCAGGAGGCGCACAAGACAAAGGAACGCUACGAAAAGUCCCUGGAGGAGCUGGACAAGCUGACGCCUCAGUACAUGGAGAACAUGGAGCAGGUGUUUGAGCAGUGGCAGCAGUUUGAAGACAAGCGCAUUCGCUUUUUCAAGGACCUCCUGCUGGAAGUCAAGCAACACCUGGACCUCUCCACCAAUCACAAGUUCCAGACCAUCUACCACACGCUGGAAGACACGAUCGGCGCCACGGACGCAGAGGAGGACCUGAAAUGGUUCCGGUCCAAUCACGGCCCCGGCAUGCCAAUGAACUGGCCUCAAUUUGAGAACUUGGACUGGUCGCACGUUCGCUCCUCUAAGAGAAGGUCCAUUGUAGACUGGUCCAUAGACCUGAACCGGAGCCUCAGCAGGCGGGGGACGAAGAAGCCCUCCGAAGGCGUCACGCUGACGGGUAUCAGUCAAACCGGAGCCGACCAGCCGGUCCAGCCUCUCAAGACCAACAACAGCAGCAUCCACUCUCUCACUGUGUCCCGCACCAUUAGCCCGAGUGUGCCUGCGAAAGCGGCGCCGGCGGGUGUCAACCCGUUUGAUGAGGACGACGACGAAGACGAAGAGGAGCGGGAAGUGCAGGUGGAGGUGGUGGAGGAGACGCCGCCCGCACUCAACCACAUCAGUGGCAAAAAGGAGGAAGUGAAAAUCGUCAGCAGCAUGGAGAGGACCCCGGACUGGUCGGACGAGGACACGACCGCCAACCCCUUCUCUGCAAAUGGCGACGGCAACCCAUUUGAGGAUGAACCGGCCUCGCCGGUGGUGUCGGUACCCGUCCGGGCGCUGUACGACUACGAGGGUCAGGAACAGGACGAGCUCACCUUUAAAGCGGGCGACGAGUUGACCAAAAUCGGCGAGGAGGACGACCAGGGCUGGUGUAAAGGUCGACUCAAGGAUGGCCAGGUUGGCCUCUAUCCCGCCAACUACGUGGAGGACAUCUAAUGAUGACCGCAAGUGAGUAAAACAGCUCAAGGCGGCUUUCUCGCAAAUGUAUACCCGUGUCUUCGUGUGGAGUGGUUAGAGAACAAGAGAAGGACUCGCCCAAAUGACCUCGUUAGGCCUUCACAAGAUGGAGGAUCGCGUCAGUUUGGCAUUAAAAGACACUUGUUGACACUGUUACAAAUAAUUGCUCACGCUCAUCAAGUUAAUUUCAGUUAACACUGGGCCUGAUGAAAUGUCUCAUUACACACACAAUGGACUUUGAUAAUAAAUAAAGGGAGAUAAGGGGAGGGAGGGGGGCGCGGUUCACGCGACUUGAGUUUUGUCCAAUAGCGCCCUCGUGUGGUUCACUUCGGGGUGGCGGUUUCCUUUGGCACUGCACUUGAAUGUAAACUCACUGAUUGUAUUUUUGUUCAUGACCUGUCCACCGAGUCUUUGCUGUUGUUGUACAUUCAACCACUGACCUAAUUACAUACAAUCCUCUCUGCUUUUGAUUCUACGAUAGAUUGUAUUCUUCUUCUUCUUCUUCUUAUUAUUGAAUGUAUUCUUCUUCUUCUUAUUAUUAUUAUUAUUAUUGUUAUUUUUGCCAUUUUAUUCAACACUGAAUAAUCCGACAAGGCUUGAAGCGCCACAUCAGUUCCAAGGAUGGAAGAUAUUUUAAGGCCAUACAACCGCAGCGAAAUAUGGUAUUGUAUCGGCGCAUGUUAAUGACACAAAUUAAGCUUUGGAAUGGUAGGAAGUUGAUAAUUGUUAAUUUAUGAUACUCUGAAGUCCUUUUUGUUCUGUUUCAAUGCUCUGACUGAGAAUCAGUUUGUCCAAAAUGGAAUGUUUUGUGUUAUUUUCCUUCUUACCUGUGUGUUUUUUUUUCUUCCCUUUUUUACAUGGGGCCAAAUUCUUACAAACAAUUAGUAGGCUACUAUGUGAAUCAUUACUGAUAUGAUACCUAAUUCCACAUCCUUUUACAGAUAUUUUUUUAUUAUUAUUAUUAUUAUUAUUAUCAGUUCUGAUGACAAACUUGUCUUUCUGGGAGACAUUCUUUAUUUGCUUUGUGUAUCCAUGAUUUUGUGAAAAAAACUUAAAAAAAAAAAAGCUAACCCUGAUGCCUUCAAAUGCAGCAACGAUGAAUUCCAAGUUUUGCCAAGUUUUCAGGACACACACUUUGUCAUUUGCACAGUUCAUGUUUGUAAAUGUUGUCCGACACAACAUAAUAAAUGAAUUUAUUGCAGUAC